AUGGAUGCCAUAGAGCAAGUGGUGGUGUACGCUGAUGUGCGCAACGCAGAGCUGCUAGAGCAGCUCACCGCAGCGGUGAUUGCGCUAUGCAAAAACUACACCAUUCAUCCACCCCCUGCCUCAGACACUGCGGACCCAUUACUGUUUUUACACCUUUGGGAGAAGGAAAGGGAUAAUGUUUGGGAACACGUUAAUAAUAAUGUCCCAAUCAUGCGCCGCCUCGAGUGCUUUGUUACGGACUCAAAAAAUCAAGCAGACGGGGUUGUGGCCUAUGCGUUGUACUAUCGACAGAUGCCUGUGCUUUCGCUUGCCGCCGUCGUCACUGGCGCCACUGAAGAAGAGGCGGAAGUGAGUGAGGAUUGGAUUACUACCGCGCUGUACUUCACGGCCACGGGGUUGGGCUGCUCAUCUCCCAGUGAGGCUCUCACUGUCUUCUUCACUUUCCCGAAGUCCGCGGGCAAAGUAGUGGCGCUGGAGGGCGAGUGCGGUGUGCUCGUGGCGGAGCAGAGCCGGCUGUUGCGUGACUGCAUCCGUCAUGAGUGGGGUUUGCCGGUGCAACUUGUAGGUGCCAGUGGAUGCGACCUGCUGGGUGUCGAUGUGUUUGGGAGAGAACUGACGAGAGCUGAGGAGGAGGUGGAGCCGUCUGUUUAUGCUUCAUUGAUUGAUGAGCUUUUGCGCAAUCCCGAGUUAUGCACUCUCCGCGACGCGGACCCGCAGCUACACGGGGUCCUGUGUGCACUGAACCGCCAUCACAACCUUCGCCUGCUGCGGUACCGGCUGCAGCGUGGCAUUCACGUCAUCCUUUGCCGUCCGCUGUCGUUUGUUCUCGAGGGACUUUUUCGGGGAGGCAAGUCGCAGGCGACACAGCCGUCGUCGGCGCUGUCGGGCGUCGUAGCGUCCAUACAAAACUUUGAGCACCACUGGCUGGGAUUGCCGAGGGCGGAGGUGAUUCUGAUUCGCGAGAGAGAUGACGCAGCCGUCACCACCACCACUGCGGCCGGCGCCUCGCUGAAGUGGGCACAGUCCCUUUGGGGCGGAGGGCAAAUUCCCACUCUUGACGCGUUGUCGGGUUGGCACGCCGUGACGAUGGCGGGCGGUUUGGGCGAAGGUGGGCAACUAAUGAAUCGACUAGACGACGCGGUGCGUGAGGCGGUGGCGUCCGUCAUUGCACCAACGGGGGUGGGACAAACGCCCACGGUGGAAGGGAAAUGA